AUGACGACGCACGUCGAGCGAGCCGGAGAGCGUGCGCGCGCGCUCCUCGCGCGUUGCGAGCGAUCGGUGCGACGAAUGGACUGCGCGAGGGCAUUUCUCGCGUGCGUAACGGUCCUGGCGCUCGCUCGCGCGCUCGCUCGAACGCCGAGCACGACGAUUGCGAACGUGCCGGCUGCGAUCGGGAUGACGGUGAUCGGAGCCGUGAUCGCGCGCGUACUCGAACACGCGACGGCGCGGGAGAGAGAGCUCGGGCGACGGAGCGGGUGGCGCGGGAGCAAGAAGGAGAGGAGCACGGGCGGGUCAACGUGGACGCACGGUCCGGACGUCGAGAUCGUCGUGCGGUGCUUUCCAGAGGUUUGGAGCGCGUGGGUGGAGUUGCGAGAGAAGAUUAUCGCUGAUUACGUCACAUCGCUUUGGUACGAGUCGCUGACGGACGAUGCGGACGUUCCGAAUGCGUUGCGGGCAAUUUUGGAUGAAGCGUUCGCGCGAUUAUCAAACAGAGCACGUGAGAUGGAUUUGGUCUCCUUGGUCCUCCGCGAGAUCCCGGAUGUGUUUUCGCAGAGCUUGGAGGCGUAUCGUUCGGCGCGAGCGGAGAUAGGUGAGGAAGAGUUCAGGAAGUUGUGCCCCGAAGACGCUGAGGAUAUCCUGGCGUGUGUGCUGAAGAAACAAGGUGAGCUUCAUCCAGCGGUCAGCGGAGAAAUCGAAACGGCGAGCGCUUUUAGAGUGUUGACGGCCGUAAUGGCCGACAUACUCGUGAAGAAGGAGUUCGCGUCACCGCUCACGGUUCCUCUCGUGCGAGAGCUCUUAGUCGUCUCGCUGCUCCGGCCACUGUUUGGUUUUGCAAAACCGCACUGGGCGAAUCGCGGUAUCUUGUUCGUAACAGGAACGGUAGUAGAUUAUAAGGAGGAUGCAUUGGAAAAAGGAGGGGACAAUGACAUGUGUGUGAGUGAAAGCGGCGAGAACGAGCGGCGGGUCGAGACAAAUGCGUUGGCCCAGCACAGUCGUUCUGCGAGUGAUAAUAGUUCAGAUACAAUGCCGAGUGGUUUAUACAGCGACUUCAAGCUCUCAGCUCGCGUCACGGGCGCAGAGAUAGUAGGGUCGGGGAGCUCGUCAUACGCAGUGUACCUCGUCACCGUGACCACGAACGAAAAUGAAAUGUGGGUUGUUCCACGAAGGUUUCGAAAUUUUGAAACUCUUCAUAGACGCCUUCGCGAAGUGGACAAAGUUGCCGUGAACGCGUUAGAAUUUCCUAGCAAGUCUUGGAUAAAGCUUUCUUUGAGUGGGGCGUUCAUAGAGAGCCGAUGGAAAGCGCUCGAUGCGUACCUACGAGCCGUGUUGGUGAACGAGAAACUCGCUGCGAGCGCUGAGGUGUUCUCUUUCAUGGAUGCUCGCCCUGGAAUUUAUGAUCCGGACAAGCCUAGCGUGAUAGCACCCGAGCUGGUGAAAACGAUGAGCGAUGCGAUGGAAGGGAUGGCAUCCAUGGUGACGUCGUACACCGUAGGAGAGUCGACGGAUGGCGUCAAUGAGAUCGCAACAGACGAAGACAAGAGCAAUUUGCUGGCAAAGAAGCCACCGUUGCACAGGCGUAUAUCGUCCAUGUACGAAGAAACAGCUUCUACUGCGACGAAGAAAUCAGUCCAGCAGAUGACGAAGACAUCAAGUGAGAGCGAGAGCGGUUCGGAUACGAAUGAGGGCUCUGAAGACAUUGACGAGUUUGUCGCUGAUAUCGAGUCCUGUUUGCAAGGACCCGUCCUCGAUCUCUUCGAGUGUGUCUUCGUCCUACGCUCGAAGCCGAUGAUGAGGCGAGCGCUCGUUUCACUGGUACGCCAAUCAGUGGCGUUCAUCUUCUCCAUCGAACGAUCGAUAUCAAAGCGUUUCCAGGAGUUCCGGAGCGCGCGCUCGAUGGCUCGCACGAUUGCCUGGAUUCGUCGCGUGGUCUGGCCAGAGAUUCCGUACCCAGCGGACACGCCCGAAAGACUGGCGUGCGAGGCCGAUACCGCCCGACAGACCCUCCUCGGCGUCUUCUCCAACCAAAACGUGAAAACCAUCAUGGGCGCGCGAGCGAGCGCGAGAGCGGCCAACGAUGUCUUCUCUCUGCUCCAGAGUCCCGUGUGCUGUCGUCACGUCGGUUUCGUCGCCUUAGAGACCGUUGUGUGCGCGUUAUUUCCCGAGAUCUUGGCCAAGUGUGAGACCCGAGCGCCCGAGACAGCCGACGCCGCCGCGGUAGAGUCGUAG